AUGGUCAAUGAUCCGAAUUCUCUCUCAAAUACAUCCGAUGUGCAAACUACUCAUAUUCAUUUAGAUCUCAGCGUCAAUUUCGCAAAAAAGAUAUUAUCCGGAUACGUGAUAUUGGAUCUUCUUACUCUUCGGAAGGAUGUAUCAGAAAUAAUUUUGGAUACCAGAGAUAUUGAUGUUAGGCAAGUGUUGCUCGAUGAAAAGCCAUUGAAGUUCCAUUUUGCACCCAGUGAUGAAAAGUUCGGAUCUGCUUUGCAUAUCGAGUUGCCAGAAAAUUUUGCUGAAAAUAAAAGUUUCAAAUUGAAACUUGAUUACAACACCUCGCCAACGUGUACUGCAGCUCAAUGGUUAGAGCCGAGCCAAACCUGUGGUAAAAAAUAUCCGUAUUUUUUCACUCAAUGUCAAGCCAUCCACGCACGAUCCCUUUUACCGUGUCAAGAUACGCCGGCCAUCAAAUUAACAUAUUCCGCACACAUCCGUUCACCUUACCAAACACUGAUGAGCGCCAUAAUAGUAGGCGAAGAAGACACCGGAGAUGGGACAAAAAUCUACAAAUUCGAACAACUGACAAAAAUCCCUAGUUAUUUAAUCGCGUUAGCGAUCGGUAACAUUAAAGGGAAAAAAAUCGGGCCAAGAUCAACUGUGUGGACUGAGCCUGAAAAUCUCGAGGCAUCAGCCUGGGAAUUCGCGGAUACAGAGAAAUUUAUCGCGACCGGCGAAGAUCUGUUAACCCCGUAUGAAUGGGGAAAAUACGAUCUGUUGGUGCUUCCGCCUUCUUUUCCGUAUGGAGGGAUGGAGAAUCCUUCUUUGACUUUUGUUACGCCUACUUUGCUGGCGGGUGAUCGAUCGUUGGUGGAUGUUGUCGCGCACGAGAUUUCGCACAGUUGGAUGGGAAAUUUGGUAACUUCUACUAAUUGGGAACAUUUUUGGCUGAAUGAGGGUUGGACAGUUUUUGUGGAACGUAAAAUUUUAGGUCGCCUGCAUGGGGAGAAGGAACGACAGUUUCAAUCUAUAAUUGGAUAUCGCCAUUUGAUGGACAGCAUUGAAAAGUUCGGAGCGGAUAAUCCGUUGACUGCGCUGGCUCCUAAAUUGGACGGCGUUGACCCCGACGAUUCUUUUUCAAGUGUUCCGUAUGAGAAAGGAUUCAAUUUUCUCUAUUACAUUGAAAAAAUUGUGGGCGGACCGCAAGUUUUCGAACCUUACAUGAAAGCAUAUGUGAAACAGUUCAUGGGGAGAUCUAUUACGACUGAUGACUGGAAAGAUUAUUUAUUCAAAUAUAUGGAAGAGAAUCAUGGCCCAGAAAAAAAGGAAGCGUUGUUGAAGAUUGAUUGGGAUCGUUGGAUAAAUGCGCCUGGAUUGCCCCCUGUCAAAAAUGAAUUUGAUCAAACAUUCUCAAAAGCAUGCUCUCAACUUGCCAAAAGAUGGGAUGACGCUCGAAAUAACGAUACAUUUGAAGGUUUUUCACCUAAUGAUAUUAAAGACUUUAAUUCCAAUCAAAAAAUGGUAUUUUUGCAACGACUUUUCGAGUGUCCACCAUUCCCCUAUAAAGCAAUCGAAGCGUUAGACAAAGUCUACAACUUGACUAAUGUAAUGAAUUCCGAAGUUCGAUUCUGGUGGCAAGAAGUUUGCCUGAGGACAGGAUACGAACCAAUCUUUCCGCAUGUUGUCAAAUUUGUCACGGAACAGGGAAGAAUGAAGUAUGUUAGACCGUUGUAUAGAUCACUGAACAGAUGUAAUUCAGAGUUGGCAAAGAAAACUUUCCUCGAGAAUAAAUCAUUUUAUCACCCUAUUGCAGCUACAAUGAUUGAAAGAGAUAUUAUGUAA